ACCAUUUUCCUAUUACCUAUGAACCGAAAUUCUGAACACAUUAUAUAUAACUUUGACAGUUGACGUAUACUGUACAUGUGAAAUCUGUCAAAUUCAAGUAAGCCGUCAGUGUCAGUGUGUUUAGGUUAUAAUUCUGUUUACAAAGUAAAAAGCUAUAUUACAAUAAUUUCGAUAUGUUGCGAUAUUUAAAACCGGUUACUAUUAUAAAUCAAAGAUCAUUUAAAAAUUUUGGACAUAAAAGACAACCUAUACCUGUUAUUACCACCCUCUGGCAUGGUUUCCUAACUUUUUCUUUCAUAGGUUUAGGAAUCGAAUGGAAAAGGAUAAGAACCUUCUUGUUUGGAGCUGAUGAAGAAAGUGUUUUUGUGAACGACCAGAACUCUGUGACAGAAAAUAGUUGACAAUAGAACUUUUUUAUCUAAACAUCUGACUAUAGGUAAUAAAGCUAUGUACCUUAAUAAUAGUAAUACAAUAUCUAUAUUUUUGAAGACUUCUUUUGAUGACUUCUAUUAUUAACCUCUUGUAGGCUGGUUUAUGAGACACAAUAGAAAACACAUUGUUCCAGCAUAGGUCUGUGUUCCAGCAUACCACAGGUUAACAAUUUUUAGUAGUAGAUAGU